AGCGAGGCGGCCACAGUGGCGUUUGUAAAGUUCGCUACAGACUCUAUUUGGGCAAUCUUUCAAUCAAAUCAACUGUGUAUACUUUUCGGGAUCCUCGCAGCUUAAACUCCAUCUCGGCCGUCCGAAAACUCCAUCUCUCUCUCUCUCUCUCUCCCCCCACCCAUUUCUCUCUCUUUAAAACCCAUUUCUCUGUGGAAUUUUCUGCAGAAUCUGAAUUUCCGGCCAAAUUUUUGGUCGGUUAAGAUGGUUUUGCUGAUAUAUUGUAGUGAGGCCAUAGCCUGGGCGCUCGUCUAGUAGCGGCGCUGCUUCCGCCACCAUUCUCUUCAGUAAAUGGGCUGCCUCCAGUCUACAAGAAGAAGACAGGUUCCUGGCCAUGAGGACCCAGUUGCUCUUGCUUCCCAAACAGCUUUUAGUGUUAGUGAAGUUGAAGCACUUUUUGAGCUUUACAAGAGUAUCAGCGGUUCUGUGAUUGAUGAUGGGUUGAUAAGCAAGGAAGAAUUUCAGUUGGCACUUUUUAAGAACAGAAAGAAAGAGAAUCUCUUUGCGAAUCGGAUCUUUGAUCUUUUUGAUGUUAAGCGGAAGGGAGUCAUUGAUUUUGGCGACUUUGUUAGAUCACUUAAUGUCUUCCAUCCCAAUGCUCCUCAAGAAGACAAGAUUGAUUUUUCAUUUAAGCUCUAUGAUUUGGAUAGUACAGGCUACAUUGAGCGCCAAGAGGUCAAGCAAAUGUUAAUUGCACUUCUUUGUGAAUCGGAAAUGAAGUUGGCUGACGAGACCAUUGAAAUAAUACUGGAUAAGACUUUCGUGGAAGCUGAUGUGGACCAAGAUGGGAAGAUAGACAAGUCUGAGUGGCAGAACUUCGUUACCAAGAAUCCGUCAUUAUUGAAAAUCAUGACCCUCCCCUAUCUUAGGGAUAUAACGACGACGUUUCCAAGUUUUGUGUUUAAUUCUGAGGUUGAUGAGAUUGCUACGUAAAUAGGAAAUAUAGCUUUAGGAACAUUCUGCAGUUGGUGUGGAAGACAUUUGGGUGUAAUUCUUUGAACAAAAAAAAAAAAAGACAUUUUGAGAGGAAAAGGAUAGUGAGUUACUGCUUUUAGUUCUGAAAGGUAGGUUUAUGUUUACCCUGCCUAAGAAGGGUUAGUCGCUGCAUAUAGUUAGCCCUAAAUAGGCUUUUGGUUUUGGAAAACAAUUCCAAUUGAAAAUUCGUGCCCAAUUUCCUUUUCAAUAGUAUUCAAUUGAAAUUGUAAAGUGAGAUGUGUAUGCUUCUCAAAUGGAUGCCCAUUUGCUAAGAGCAAUGACAAUUAUAAUAAUAAUAUUCGAAAACAGUUGCAUGGGAA